UUUUGAAGUGUCUCAUACGCCAGGCGUGUUUAAAGGCGUCGUCUUUAUAUGAACGACAGUUACUGCAUAUAUUCAGCUCUCUGGCGGUAGGUGAAAACAAACUCCCGAAGAAAAAUGGAGUUAUCUUUGCACUGCUUAGCCGCUCUUCUAUCUCUAGCCCAAUAACCUAACCAUAGCUCUAGUUUUCUUCUCUUCUAUUUAUAUAAACUUUGCUUCUCAAAUCCAGCCUCUCCAACAACUCUCUCUCUCUCUCUCUUUCUCUAUCUCUCCCCUCUCUUUCCUGUGAAGGAUGGACUUUGGAAGGAUGAGGAGUUAUCUUCUGCUUUUUCUGUGCUUUGUUGGUUACUGCCACUCUGAAAUAGCUCCGAAAUACGCAUUCUUGAAGCAUGCCACGGAAGCUCCACCCAUCUCCUACUACGACUACAUAAUCAUCGGCGGCGGAACCGCCGGAUGUCCCCUGGCGGCCACCCUCUCUGAAAACUUCAACGUCCUCCUCCUCGAACGCGGCGGCUCUCCUUACGGCAACAGCAACAUAACUAACCUCGCCUCCUUCGCCGACACCCUCGCAGACGUCUCUCCGACAUCAGCGUCGCAGCGAUUCGUGUCCGAGGACGGUGUUAUAAACGCCCGAGCUCGUGUGCUCGGCGGCGGCAGCUGCCUGAACGCUGGGUUUUAUACUCGGGCAAGCCAGGACUAUGUUCGUCGGGCCGGGUGGAAUGACGGGCGGCUUGUUAAUGAGUCUUAUGGGUGGGUCGAGCGGCUGGUUGCGUUUGAGCCGCCAAUGCUGCAGUGGCAGUCGGCGGUGAGGAACGGUUUACUGGAGGCUGGUAUCAUGCCGUACAAUGGAUUCACCUUUGACCACAUCUACGGGACGAAGGUCGGGGGAACUAUCUUUGACCGAGACGGACACCGGCACACGGCAGCGGACCUGCUGGCGUACGCGAACCCAUCAAGACUAACGGUUCUUCUACGGGCGACGGCGUCGAAGAUACUGUGGAAUUUGAAGGGGAGGAAUAAGGUGGCGGCGAGCGGUGUGCUGUAUAGGGAUGCGAUUGGGAGGUGGAAGAGGGCGUACGUGAAGAGAGGGGGAGAGAUUGUGGUGUCGGCGGGGGCGAUUGGGAGUCCGCAGUUGCUCAUGCUAAGCGGGGUGGGGCCGAAAGAAGAGUUGGACAAGUUGGGGAUAAAGGUGGUGGUGGAUCAGCCGAUGGUGGGGAAGGGGAUGUCCGAUAAUCCCAUGAAUGCUAUAUUUGUGCCGUCGCCGUCGCCAGUAGAGACGUCGCUGAUACAGGUGGUGGGGAUUACGAGGUUUGGGACUUAUGUCGAGGCUGCCAGCGGGCAUUUUUUUGCUAGCUCGGCUGAUGGUGGUGGUGGUGGUGCGGGUCCGCCGGCGGCGAGGAAUUUUGGAAUGUUCUCGCCUCAGACGGGGCAGCUCUCCACCGUUCCCCCAAAGCAAAGAACCCCCGAAGCCAUCGAAAGCGCCGUUAAGGCCAUGAACAGCCUGGACGAAUCCGCCUUCCGCGGCGGCUUCAUCCUCGAAAAGGUGAUCGGACCCUCUCCAGGCCCCCUGGAGCUCAAAACCCACAACCCCGACGACAACCCUUCCGUCACCUUCAACUACUUCAGCGACCCGCUGGAUCUCCGGCGAUGCGUGGAAGGCCUCAAGACGAUCGAGAGAGUCAUAGAGUCCAAAGCCUUUACCAAUUUCAGGUACCCAUUCAUCUCCGUAGGGGCUCUGCUCAACAUGACGGUGAGCUUUCCGGUGAACCUGCUUCCGAAGCACGACAACGACUCCAGGUCAUUGGAGCAGUACUGUAAGGAUACGGUGAUGACGAUCUGGCAUUACCAUGGAGGGUGCCAGGUGGGGAGAGUUGUCGAUGGGGAUUAUAGAGUUAUUGGGGUUGAUGGCCUCAGGGUUAUCGAUGGCUCCACCUUCUAUUACUCGCCGGGGACCAAUCCUCAGGCCACCGUCAUGAUGCUCGGAAGGUACAUGGGCGUUAAGAUCCUUCAGGAGAGGCUACCAGCAAAACCGGGAGCCUGAUAUCAUUUAUGCAAUAGGAAGCUUGAAUUAGUUUUAUUAGUCAUCUUCGUCUUUUUUAGGUUUGUGUUAUCAAAUGUGUUAUUGAUCAGUCUGCCAUCUGAAUUAAUUUUCCUGAUGAAUAAAUUAAAAUAAUGAGAACGGUCGACUAUUUUCUAUUGGCUAAAGAGCUUUUAACU